CAACUUCCACUUGUUGCAGAUGACUCUUACCCUUCAUACAGCCCAGUUAUCCCUCCGGCAUCGUCUGACAUCAGCAAUGGAACUUUGAUCGACACCAAGAAGCUUGAAGCGGACAUCGACAUCAAGAAGCUGGUUGCCCGUGCUGAAGAACUCUACAAGAUUGCCGAGCUCAGCAUCCCCGAGUACAAUCACCCAACCAGAGUCAUUGGCAGCAAAGAGAUCUCCAAGCUGGGAAACUACUACAACAUCACGAACCAGACAUUCCCGGCUGUUAGUGGUAAUGUCAUCGAGUCUCGUCUGGUCGUCGGGUAUGACGUUCCUAAAUCAGCAUCGCCAAUGUCUCUUACUCCUCCCACUAAGCAGCAUGAACCCGUCUAUGGUGAUGUCCUCCUGGUUCCCAAUGGAGGAUGCUCGUCUAGCGACUUCCCUCGCAACAUGACUGGCCAAAUUGCACUCAUCAAGCGUGGUACCUGUUCCUUCGGCGACAAGUCAGCCAAUGCUGGCAAAGCUGGAGCCGAUGCUGCCAUCAUCUACAACAAUGAGAAGGGUGAACUCUCGGGCACUCUCGGAAACCCCUCGCCUGACCACGUUGCCACCUUUGGUCUCUCAGCCGAAGAUGCAGCACCUUAUGUCCAGAGACUCACAAACAGCACCAGAAAGCUUGAUGCCAUCGCCUACAUUGACGCAACUGUCGACGAGAUCAUGACCACCAACGUCAUUGCUCAGACAACUGCUGGUGACCCAGAGAACUGUGUCAUGCUCGGUGGUCACAGCGACAGUGUAGCUCCUGGUCCUGGUAUCAAUGACGAUGGCUCCGGCACCAUUUCUCUUCUCGAGGUCGCCACUCAACUCACCAAGUAUGAGGUCAACAACUGUGUUCGCUUUGCCUGGUGGGCUGCUGAAGAGGAGGGCCUGCUCGGAUCAACUUACUACGCCGAACAUCUUUCCCCUGCCGAGAACCAGAAGGUUCGUCUCUUCAUGGACUACGAUAUGAUGGCUUCUCCUAACUUCGCCUACCAAAUCUACAACGCCACCAACGAGGAAAAUCCUAACGGUUCAGGUGAGCUUCGCGUCCUCUACGAAAACUGGUACAAGGAGCAAGGUCACAACUACACCUUCAUCGAAUUCGAUGGCAGAAGUGAUUACGCCGGCUUCCUCGAUGAGGGUAUCCCAAGCGGUGGCAUUGCCACUGGUGCAGAGGGGAUCAAGAGUAAGGAAGAAGCCAGCAUUUUCGGUGGUGAAGCUGGAGCACAGUAUGAUCCUUGCUACCACCAACUUUGCGACGACAUCCACAACCUGGACUUGACUGCUUGGGAGGUCAACACCAAGGUAAACAAGAACACCNUCAUUGCCCACUCUGUCGCCACUUAUGCCAAAUCAUUCGAUGGCUUCCCCAAGCGUGUUGCUCACAAUGAGGAGAGAUCGCUGUCGGAUUCGAAGAAGAGCACGCCUUUGUUCAAGUACAAGGGAAACGAGCUCAUUAUG